GAAAGAUCAUCCAAUCACUUCUCGGGGUGACGGUCGGUCACAGAAAGGUACUUGGCGGUGCUGAUCCACUGAGCUCUCUUGAAAGCUGAAAGGAAAUAAGUUAAUAAAAUGAUCAUAAGGUAUUUGACGUUUUCCCUUGUUGUUGUCUUUCUGACCAGCACAGUUGGAGCUUCUCCACAGGUCAAUGGAACAUCAGGACAAUCUGCUCUUUUGCCAUGCACUUCCCAAGACAGGCAACUUAACCCAGAAGAAACAAUUGUAUAUUGGUCUUUAAAUGACAGAACUGUGCACAGAUUCCGUAAAGGAAAAGAUGACCUGUCAGAACAAGACCAAUACUUCAUAAAUAGAACAAGUCUAUCUCCUGAAGGUGUUAAAAAAGGAAAUUUUUCCCUUUUAUUAAAGAAUUUGAAUACCUCAGACAGUGGCGAGUACAUAUGUACUAUUUUGAAUUACAAAAAGUUCACAGUUGAACUUGAAGUUAAAGAAAAUAAGAAUAAGGCAUCAACAUGGACCUAUCCAGCAACUAAAGUCAAAGACUCGGCAUCCAACGGCACUGGGAGGAUAAGAGCAGGGAUCUUUCAUCUUUCUUUUCUUGGAAUGCUGGCAUUUUAUGUGACAAGUAAUAGAAACUAAAGAAAUUGUUAAUGUUUCAUCAUCUAUUCCAAUUCUAGUAUGCUUGUUCUGGCAAACUAAUUUUCUUAAAAUUAAUUCUGUGAAGUGAGAUAUUAUGCAUUUAUACAUUUGAAGAACUUUAAAUUCUCUGAAUCAUGCACCACAAUUGUAUGAAGUUAAAACUGUAUUAGUUUCUAAGCUUAGAAGAAAUUAAUGAUAUUAAUGAUGACAGAUGACAAAUUUGACAGAUUCCCCAAAGAGCAGCACACAAUUAACUAAGCACAACAGAGCAAAUCAUGUCAUUAGAUGGCCAGGGUUCUCCCAGCUCUUAGCAGGAUUGUGACUCUGUGUCCCUCCAGAAGCUUGCAUACAAUGUAAUUGGUGAGGAAUGUUCCUCUUUGACAAUCAGAGAUGAACCUCCAGUAUUUAGUACCUGUGCUUAAAAUAUAAGUGGCUAGAAGAUAUGCAUAUCACAGUAUUACAUUCUGACUGCACUUGUGGUAAAUAGUUACCACUUACAAAGUGGGGUGGUGGCUCUAUGCCUGUGGCUGGAAGGUUACUGGUUCAUAUCCUAUGGCCAGCAGAGGAAUCCUACUC